GUUUGUUGACAGGUGUCUCUGCGCUACACGAAGCCGAGCCUCGCGCAGGGACCAGCAGCGUACUCUGAACCGGACAGACAGGAGAACAUGAGCUUCUUAUUCGGUUUGGACUCCCAUUCUGACGGCACCCAUUCACAGCCAUUGGUGAGCAAGUGAUGGAAUGCUACGUUUCUCCAAAUCUGUCCAUCUUGAAUGGCCUGAGGCGGGAAUCGUUCGUCUAAGACGUUUAAGCCGAAGAAGAAUAUCCCCGAAGGUUCCCAUCAGUAUGAGCUGCUCAAACAUGCUGAAGCCACGCUGGGCAGUGGGAACCUGCGGAUGGCCGUCAUGCUUCCUGACGGAGAAGAUCUGAAUGAAUGGGUGGCCGUCAACACGGUGGAUUUCUUUAACCAGAUUAACAUGCUUUACGGCACCAUCACGGAUUUCUGCUCGGAGGACAGCUGCCCGGUCAUGUCUGCAGGACCAAAAUACGAGUAUCACUGGGCAGAUGGGACCAACAUUAAGAAGCCUAUAAAGUGCUCGGCUCCCAAGUACAUUGAUUAUCUGAUGACGUGGGUUCAAGACCAGCUGGAUGAUGAGACCCUGUUUCCUUCUAAAAUAGGUGUUCCCUUCCCCAAGAACUUCAUGUCUGUGGCCAAGACCAUCCUGAAGCGUUUGUUCAGAGUUUAUGCUCAUAUAUAUCAUCAACACUUUGACGCGGUCAUGCAGCUUCAGGAGGAGGCUCACCUCAACACGUCUUUCAAACACUUCAUCUUCUUUGUGCAGGAGUUUAACUUGAUCGACCGCAAGGAGCUGGUGCCUCUUCAAGAUCUCAUUGAGAAACUCACAACAAAAGACAGAUAAAUUGAGAUAAGGAGGGGAACAGAAGUUAACCGUGAAGAACCCAUGAUCCUGCUCUCUCUUCUGACUCUCGUUUCUAUCUUUUGCUCUGAAUAGAUGAUUUUAACCCCACAGCACUGCUAGGAGAAGUGAAGGAAUGGCACAAUACUAAUAUUUCUAAAUGCAUCAAACCAUUUGAUGACAAAAUGAUGCCUGGAUGAAAUGGUAACAUAUGAUUUGAAAUCACAUUAUUGGUUCAGUUCGGUCACUGAAAGAGAGGGAUUUUAGCCUUUGAGAAUUGAACUUCGUACAGACUCCAGUGAUCCGGUUUGGUGCCUGUGUUAAAGCAAUGAAUGCUUUCUUUGACCAGUGUGAAUGUUAAAGUGCGUUUAAUUCUUCAGUUCUGUAACGCUGACAGCAAAAAGAUGGAGUUGAAUAGUUUAAGUCAGUUUUCCUAUGCAAUAAUGAUCUUGUUAUUUGUCCUCACUGAUGUUAAUGGACAAAAUUGUUGUUUGAAGUUCAUAUCAGAGCUGGUGUAUUGACUAUAUAUUUUGUAUUUAAUAUCGGUCACUUUGAAGUAUUUUAGCCAGGUUUUAAAUAAUAAAUAUGAAGUGUGCAUGCUAGAAUUGCUACUUUGUUGGACCCAGAUGGCUGAUGGGAAGUGUUAGCCUUGCAUUUAUAUCUUAUGCCAUGCAUUAAAAAGACGCAAAGAAAUGAAUGCAAACCGAGUCUUUGAUAAGAUGUUUGUUUUGCACAAGUUUGUCGUGAAGCAUUGAAUUUGUGCAACUGGGUUACCAGACUUUUCUUAAAUAUUUAAACCUGUUGAAUUAUUAAAGCAUUUUAGUUGUAAUAUACUUACUCAUACAGUCAGUACAGUUCUGAAAUAUUCAGUACGUUGAUGAAUUUAGCUUGAUUGUUUGGUUGUAUUAGUUGUUAAGGUUAGAGAUAUUCAGCUUUCGGUUCUGAAGUGAGUGAUUGUGGGCUUUUCUUCUCUACCUCCAUUCUAACCUUUUUUUCCAUCUCCGUUCCUCUAUUAACACUUUAUAGUUGUUUAAAAAUCCUUAGGUUUACGUUCCUUUGGACAUUUUGAUGUUAUUCAUAUUGUUUCACGAAUGUAAUAGUUUUACUUCUAGUGGUUUGGACUAUGCCAUAGUGUAAAAGUGCCAACCGCUGAUUAAUAUCAGAUAGAUGUGAAGUAUUUAUAAUGCUUUUUUGUCACUGAAAUUAGAAUAUAUUUUCCCUGAACUGUAAAAUAAUUACGGUAGAUUAAAUAUGUAAAUACAUGCAUAUGAUUUCCUGAUAAUAAUAAUAAUAAAAUCACUAACUGAUGGUAUUUUUGCUGUACAUAAAGCAAAUAAAACCCUUCUCUUAACAUUU